UUCCAUGGAACAGACCAUUUGGUGGUAUUUCUUUCUACAAAGAUCCAUUCGUGAAGCCAAGAAACACAACAAAAUGGAACUUCCCAUGCAGAUAUUCACUGAGGACAUUGCAUGCUGUGACACUCCUCUAUAUGUAACAGCAACAAACUUCAAUACGGUGAAUGACAUAAUCAGCAAGUUACUACCAAUGAUAAGAAAGCAUAACAUUGAAGAUUACCAACUGUGGUUCUGUCCUGGCCCUGGGAAAGCUCCAAGAGUACUCCAAGGGCAUGAGUAUCCACAUGACAUUAGAAUGAUAAAUAUUCAAAAGAACUUCAGUUCACGGGACUUAAGAAAUUUUACAGCUUUCCGUUCCCUACCUGGGGUAAUCAUGAAAUACCUAAACGCUGAUGUACAUGGGAAAUUCAUCUUGAAGCCCAGAAACUCAGCAAGAAGCCAGCAGCAAAAAAAUAUGAAGGAAAAAACUUUUAAGAAACAAAGAACUUCUAUGACAUCGCAGUUGGACAGGGGCUCUGUGCCCCACCAGGACCAAGUAUGCACCACCCCACCAGUUAAAAAGGGAAGAAAACUGUUUGGAAGAGAACUCAGUUCCAUUUGUCAGGAUGGCAUCCUGCCCGCAGCAAUUCUGGACAUGCUGUACCUACUGAAAAAGAAAGGGCCUACAACCACGGGUGUCUUUUUAGAACCUCUGAGUAUAACUUUGUGCCAAACAGUAAAGGACAAAUUGGAUUCGGAAGAGGAGGUGGAUAUAAACAAGCAAUCAGUUAAUGUAGUGGCGUGGAUCUUUAAGGACUUCCUCCAAAACAUCGAGGGAAGUCUAAUGACUUCAAAACUAUAUGAUGAGUGGAUUGCUGUACCCGAAAAGGUCAAUGAUGAAGAGAAAUUAGCCGCAGUGCAGAGUCUUUUAGAUAAAAUGCCACCUGAAAAUGCGGCUCUUCUGAGGCAACUUUUUUGUAUAUUAUAUGAAAUUAAAAAUAACUCUCCUGUUAAUGAAAUGUCUUCUUACCACCUAUCUGUUGGGUUAGCCCCAUGUCUCUUAUUCGUGCCCAGCUCCUGCAAUAAUGGAGUGACAAAUGAUAUUGGCAAAAAGAUUUCUCUAGUAGAAUUUAUGAUUGAAAAUUCUCCAAAAGUUUUUGGAGAGGACUUGGCUGCAGUGUGGCUUGGAACAUCACUAUAUCAUCCUCCUGGAGGAAAGUCCUCAUGUUCUCAGAAUAAUUCAACAAAUAUUGGAAACAUUAAGGAAACCGAACAUGGACUCAGCAGCUGCCCCAUUGGGAGGACGUGCACUCCUGGCUAUAAUACACUGCCGAAAAGUCCAGCUGCUUCUCUUCCCUAUGAGGGCCUUCUAGAUUCACAAAAACACGAAGGCAUUGUAUAUACUAACCCAACUGUAACAUCUAUUAAUCCACCACAAGCAAAACAGAAAUGUUUGUUUGGCAAAUCUCUUUCGGGUCUUUUAGAAGACAAAACGUUGCCUACUCCAAAACUUGGCUUCAGCAUGACCGAGUCCUUCCUGCCCCCCACCAGCAGCCCUAGUGAACACCGCCGGGCCGAGCAUGGCAGCGGGCUGACCCGGACUCCCAGCUCCGAGGAGAUCAGCCCUACAAAAUUUCCUGGAUUGUACCAGACCGGUGAGCCUUCGCCUCCCCAUGACAUCCUCCACGAGCCUCCUGAUAUCGUGUCAGAUGAUGAGAAAGACCAUGGAAAGAAAAAAGGAAAAUUUAAGAAAAAGGAGAAAAGGACUGAAGGGUACGCUGCCUUCCAGGAAGACAGCUCUGGAGAUGAAGCUGAAAGUCCUUCCAAGAUGAAGAGGUCCAAGGGAAUCCAUGUGUUCAAAAAGCCCAGCUUCUCUAAAAAGAAGGAAAAGGAUUUUAAAAUCAAAGAAAAGCCCAAAGAAGAAAAGCAUAAAGAGGAAAAGCAUAAAGAAAAGAAAUGUAAAGACUUGAUGGCAGCCGAUGUUGUUAAACAGUGGAAGGAGAAGAAGAAAAAGAAGAAGCCAACUCAGGAGUCAGAGGUGCCUCAGACGGACGCCCCAAGUCUCAGACCCAUUUUCGGCGUUCCCUUGGCUGACGCAGUAGAGAGGACCAUGAUGUACGACGGCAUCCGGCUGCCAGCUGUCUUCCGAGAGUGCGUGGACUACAUGGAGCAGCAUGGCAUGAAGUGUGAAGGCAUCUACCGAGGGUCAGGAGUCAAAUCAAAGGUAGAUGAGCUGAAAGCAGCCUAUGACCGAGAGGAGUCUCCAAACUUGGAAGAAUAUGAACCUAACACUGUAGCCAGCUUGCUGAAGCAGUAUUUGCGAGACCUUCCAGAGAAUUUGCUUACCAGAGAGCUUAUGCCCCGAUUUGAAGAGGCUUGUCAGAGGACCACAGAGACGGAGAAAGUGCAGGAGUUCCAGCGCUUGCUCAGGGAACUGCCGGAGUAUAACCACCUUCUGCUUUCCUGGCUCAUUGUGCACAUGGACCACAUCAUUGCGAAGGAGAUAGAAACCAAGAUGAACAUCCAGAACAUCUCUCUAGUGCUGAGCCCAACUGUCCAGAUCAGCAAUCGGGUCCUGUAUGUGCUUUUCACACAUGUGCAAGAGCUAUUUGGCACCGUGGUCCUGAAGCAAGUAACAAGACCUCUGCGUUGGUCCAACACGGCCACAAUGCCUACACUGCCAGAGACCCAAGCAGGCAUCAAGGAAGAGAUCAGGAGACAGGAGUUCCUUUUGAACUGUUUACAUCGAGAUCUGCAGCGCGGGAUAAAGGACUUAUCUAAAGAAGAAAGAUUAUGGGAAGUACACAGGAUUCUGACUGCCCUCGAGAGAAAGCUGAGGGAAGCUAAAAGACAAGAGUGUGAGACCAAGUUUUCCCAGGAGAUAGCCAGCCUUUCGAACGAGGAUGUUGCCAAAGAAGAAAUGGACGAAAAUGAGGAGGACAUAAAUAUCCUCCUUGCCCAGGAGAAUGAGACCCUGAUUGAGCAGGAGGAGCUCCUGGCCAUGGAGCAGUUUCUGCGUAGUCAGAUCGCCUCGGAGAAAGAAGAGGUCCACCGCCUCCGAGCUGAGAUUGCGGAGAUCCAGAGUCACCAGCAUGGCCGCAGCGAGACAGAGGAGCACUCUUCUGACAGCGAGUGUGAGAGCAAGGAUGAGGAGGAGCUGCAGAUCAUUCUGGAAGACUUACAGAGGCAGAAUGAAGAGUUAGAAAUAAAGAACAAUCACUUGAACCAAGCAAUCGGUGAAGAGCGGGAGGCCAUCGUUGAGCUCCGAGUGCAGCUCCGGUUGCUCCAGAUGCAGCAAGCCAAGUCUGAGCAGCAGCUCCAGGAGGAGGAGGAGGAGCCCGAGAGGCAAGGGGGCACAGGCCCACUGCCCUCUGAAGGUGUCCUUGAGGUGAUAGCAGCCAAGGAGCAGGUGAAGCCCUCGCCCAGCAAAGACCCGAAGGAGACGCAUCUGAACUGCCCCGGCCCUGUGCAUCAUAGUGUAAGCGAGAGUCCACUGCCUGUCCUGCCCGGCAGUGUGCUGUAAAGGCUCUCAGAGAUGCUCACUCUUGCACACAUCUGACUCCGUGUCAGGCUCAGGUCCUGGGAGGGUGAAGCGGUGGACACUCAGGGGUGGGGGGCUUGCAGGGAACACAGGCAUUUCCAGAUAGUGUCAGCUUAUUUGAAAAUUAAUUUUCUUUGAUAAAAAUAACUAUUUUAA